CGUAGAGUACGCCGUCAAUGCACCGAUCUCAGCAGCUAGGAGAAACGAAUUUGAUUGGCAGCUGAAUUUGACUAGUUACGUCAGCUUCCACUGGACUCAAGGGUUCGGGGAGCUGUUCCAACUUCCCAUACGCUGCGAUCCAAGGUGCUCACGGUGCCAACGAGUAUUUUCUUUUACCUGCAAAUGUCCACGACGCAGACGAGCACACCUCGCUCGCCACGCUUUGACCUUCCACCUGCACCUGUCUAUUCCACCUCCAAUACCACUGACAAUGGCCUCGCGGAGUGGACUAGCAGGAUCAAGGCGAUGCAACGCCAGGUUGAUGCGGACGAUGAGGUAGAGCAGCGCCGCCUUGAGGAAGAAAUUGUGCGUGCACGACUUGCGAGGAUGAGACGGAGUACAUCAGGCAUGAGUGGCGAUUUUGGCAUCGGCAUGCAUGGCAUUGAUCUGGGCAAGUUACAGGAGGCAUCAUCCAGUCCCACUCCGCCAAAUGAUCCGUCUGCGGGUAGCGCUACUGCACCUGCCGCGCAGAAGCCACCUCGAACUAUACCUUCACAUAAACCAGGAGUAUCAUCUAAUGCCGCGCCUCCGAGAACCCCCAUAUCAUUAGCAGCAUUUAUGGGUGGAUCGACUGCUGCUGGCCCUCGAUUAAAGCGCCAUGAGCCACAACUAGAUGCCACUGUUGUACAUGAUGGGCGCAAGGAUCACGGUCCUGUGCAUCCAAUAUUCGGAAGAAAUGGAAUUGCUAUGCCGGGGAUGGUCAAAGGAGUUCCCACUGCCACACCAGAUUUCGUGAGAUCCCGUACCACCAGUACUUCCUCGGUCGCCCGUCGAUAUGUAGAGAAACUUGAAAGCCAGACACAAAGUCAGCCGCAAUCUCCGGGCCCAGGACUCGUAGUGCCAGGCAUUCGGGAGCGCAGGAUAAGCACUCCCGCGGGCAACGUUUCGGGAGAGCUGAAAGUAUAUACGCCGCACUCGCCUUCUCUCACACCAUCUCAGAAUUAUGGCGCCAAAGCUGCGGUGAUUCCAACGAGUCCUCUCGUUGAAUCUCGGCCAAAAACUCCUAUCACUACGGAAACGCGCCCCAAGACACCUGUUGCCGAAAAUCUAUUUACUCCAAGACAUUCAAUCCUGAACACGCUCGGACAAAGACUCCCAAUCCUGAGCCCAAACGUGCGAAGACGCCUGUUGCAGAUUCUAUUCGCACCCAGAGCCCAAUUUAUACACGUUCCAACUCCUCUCAGCCCUCCUGGACGCCUAAACAACAGCCUGCUCCUAUCCCGUUGGUGACUCCAACGUCCCCUGCACGGCAGACAUACUCUCCAUCCCCACAGCGUGGAGUCUCCCCUGCCUUUCUCCGUCCGCCUCUCAAUUCAUCUAAGGAUCCAACACCAAGCAUUAGCA